AUGGUGCGCAGGGUCCGCAGGUUCUUGGUAACCGUCCGGAUUCGGCGAGCGAGCGGCCCAUCGUGUGUGCGGGCUUUCGUGGUGCAGAUCCCACGGCAGGCAGGAGAGUGUGCAGCUCCGUGUGCUCGGGCCGUGGAGGCCCUCUUGCUGAUGCUAGUGUGGAGACACCGGAGAGGGCAGCAGCCGUAUCCUAGAAGACCAGGUCAUGAUGAUGGGCAACACCCAAGUGGCCGCGCUGCUGCUGCUCCACGGCGCGGACCCGAACUGCGCUGA